UUGUCAAUACAACAAUCCAACUCCACCCCCACCCCAACACAACAACCAUGGCCGGUGGAGAACUCACAAAGAUCCCACUCCAAGUUAUUCACGAUGUAUCUCAAAUUUCCAGUACUGGAUUUGGUGGUUUCUUCAAGAAAGACUGUACUGAUUUAUCAAGAAGAGUUUCCCUUUUAGCUCAUUUGCUUGAAGAAAUAAGGGAUUCAAACAACACCCUUUUGGAUUCUUCCCACAAUUCUUGUUUGGUUGAUCUCUCCAUAGCUCUCAAAGCUGCAAAAAGAUUACUUUUAGCAGCUAAUGACUUUGAUCCCAACAUCUCACCUGAUGAGGCAAGGAAGAAAAUUGUUUUUCAAUUUCAAUGUGUGACAUGGAAAUUGGUGAAAUCCCUUGGCAGCUUACCAUAUGACCACUUCGACAUAUCAGAAGAAGUACAAGAGCAGGUUGAAUUGGUCGUAACACAGUUGAAACGAGCCAAAGAGAGGUAUGGUGGACCUGUGACUUCAAAUAUAUUAUCUCGAGCACUGUCCCAACCAUUAGAUAAGGAAAUUGAUCCACUUCAAUCGGGCAGUAGGGGAGUUGGAAGUUUACAUCUAGAGAAUGUUGGCAAUAUUGAUCACGAAGUUAGAUCAAAACUAGUUCAGGAACCAGAAAAUCUAAGGAAUUCAUCCAAUUUUUCUGAGGUUACUUCCCUAAACAUUCCUGGUUCGGCCAGGGAAGAUGACUCACCGAGCAAGAAUCUUGUGGAGAGUAAGAAGCCUAAUUCUCCUACAAUUCCUGAAGAGUAUCUUUGCCCUAUAUCCCUCGAGCUCCUGAGGGAUCCUGUAAUUGUGGCCACAGGACAGACUUACGAGAGAUCUUUCAUACAAAGAUGGAUAGACGGUGGCAACACAAGAUGCCCAAAAACUCAGCAAAUACUCCAAGAUCUUACACUGACACCCAAUAUUGCUUUACGUAGUCUCAUUUCUGAUUGGUGUACAAAGAACAAUAUAGAGCAGCCAACUGCAUUAACAAAAAAUGGGAGAAUAAAGAGAAGUGAUGGAUCGUUUCGUUAUGUUAGUGGAGAUAUAGCAGCUAUUGAGGCAAUUGUACGUAAACUUUCAAGUAGGUCCACCGAGGAUCGGAGGGCUGCAGUAGCGGAGAUCCGAUCUCUAUCCAAAAGAAGCACGGACAACAGAGUUUUGAUUGCAAAAGCUGGAGCAAUCCCGGUGUUGGUUAACUUGUUGACAUCUGAAGACAGUCAAAUCCAAGAAAAUGCCGUCACUUCUAUUCUUAACCUUUCUAUAUUCGAUAACAACAAGGGCCUUAUCAUGCUUGCCGGUGCUGUGCCUUCAAUUGUUCAAGUUCUCAGAGCUGGAAGCAUGGAAGCAAAAGAAAAUGCAGCAGCGACCAUCUUUAGUUUAUCACUUGGAGAUGAGAAUAAAAUAAUAAUAGGUGCAUCGGGAGCCAUACCAGCUCUGGUAGAAUUGCUUCAGUCCGGAAGCACCAGAGGGAAAAAAGAUGCUGCAACAGCUUUGUUUAACUUAUGCAUAUAUCAAGGAAAUAAGGGUCGUGCAGUUCGGGCAGGAAUUAUACCGGCACUGUUAACGAUGAUGACGGAUUUAACGAUGGUUGAUGAAGCUUUGACUAUUCUUUCAGUUCUUGCUAGCCACCAAGAGGCUAAAGCUGCCAUAGCAAAAGCUAGCACAAUCCCUGUAUUGAUAGAUCUAUUAAGGACAGGUCUACCACGUACUAAGGAAAAUGCAGCUGCUAUCUUGUUAUCCUUGUGUAAGAGGGAUACUGAGAAUUUAUCUUGCCUUCGUAGGCUCGGUGCACUUAUACCUCUUUCCGAGCUUGUUAACAGCGGCACAGAGAGGGCCAAGAGGAAGGCUGCUUCAUUGUUGGAGCAACUUAAAAAAUCUCUGCAGGCUUGAAGGAAUAUUUAUUAAUUGCUUCUUUCAUUCUUAUCUGACCGUGAAUUACACGAUUCCAUUUAUAGUGUGAUAAAAUCUGAGAAAACGAGCAUGAGAAAAUAAGUCAUUCUCAUUGCUCUGUGUAUCUAUUUAGUCUGUUUUUGAGUGAGACUCUGAUUCAUUUGACCUGUUUCUUUUCAUUAUUUGUUACUAAUUGAUCAAUUUGAUGUUUGUCAAGGCCCACGCUAAGGUGUGACGAAAAUUAUCAACUCUGUAUAAAAUGAAACAUUCUGAUAUGUGGAGAAUUGCACUUUCUUUUCCCUUA